GACAGUCACACUGAUUCAUGUAAAUAUUAGUGUAAAAUGCCAUUUUUUUAGACAUCAUGUCAGAGCCAGCCCACUUUUAACAAAUUCGUGAAAGAAAUAUCACAAUUUAGCGACGAUCACGAAAAACUAGGUAGGUAGGUCCUACACGAAUGCUCGGACCCGAUGACCGGCGAAAAAACCUACAGUAAGAGGGUUCCCGGCGGCGACGAGGAGGACGAGGAGGGUGGCGAGGAGGCGUCUGAGUCGGCUGAAUCGCUAGAACGUCUAACAAUACCAGAGCUCCUAGAACGUUGGGCAAAGAAGAAGUCUGAAAGGCAAGGAGCAGAGAUAUUGCAGCUGCUCGAACUACGCACGAAGGCGGCGGAGCAGAGUGACGCGGAGCGAGCACUACGGCAGCAGGAGAACUUGCGUGCCCAAGAGCAGGCGCUGCUCCGUGACGAGAAACUCAAGCAGAGAAAGCAGGAGGAGGAGGCCAAGGCCGCGAAACGAUUGGCGGCGCUGAGGUCGGACUUUGAGCACCAGAUCUUGGUGCAGAAGGAAUCGGAGGCGAAGCGGCUCCGCGAAGAGGCGGAAAAGGAUACAAAAUCAGAGCUGCAGAAGAAGUGGAAAAGAGUCGAGGAGAAAGCGCAACGGGAGAGAGAGCAGGAGCAGCGUACCCUCAACGAGCUCAGACGGCUAAAUAAGGAGAAGGAGGAAGUGAAUCGCCAGCAGGUGCAGGUGGCCAGACAGCUAGAGCAGCAGAGGGAGAGAUUCGUUCAACACCAGAGGCUGCACACAGGCGCACAGCAUCUCUAUCCGCAAGAGACGUCGACGACAUUCCCCACAGCAUCCUCCCAUUCGUCGCUGAUGCAAAACGAAAUGGUUAACCUACCGAUGGCCAAUCUGAAGCCAAUCCUCAAGCCGGCGCCUGCGUCGGCCUCUGGCGGUGGCGUGCGCUACUUUUCGCAGUUUAGCAAGGGCGGGCUCUCCGCCGGCACCACCCUGGUGCACCAGCAGCAGCAGCAGCGCAAGCCAACGGCCAAUGGGGAUCUGCAUGCGAACGGCAGAUUGACUGUCGUACAGAAUGGCAUGCGCGUUAAAACGGAGCAACAGGACAUGCUGAUGGAUAACUGCACCUUUGCUGUUACCAAACCGGAAGCGAUUACCAAAAAGGACACCCAGCCAGCAGAGGCAGACACCCAGUCAGCAGAGGCUGCUCCUGUCACAGAUGCGCCAUUGGCGCUGAUCAGUAACCAACAGCAGCUACAGGAACAGAUAGCAGAGACGGACGACCCAGAGCUGGACAUUGUGAUCAACAAUGUGGUGUGCACGUUCAGUGUGCGAUGCCACCUCAAGCUAAGGGACAUUGCGCUGCGUGGCUGCAAUGUGGAGUAUCGCAGGGAGAACGGCAUGGUGACCAUGAAGCUGCGACGUCCCUAUACGACGGCCUCCAUUUGGUCAUCCGGCAGGAUCACCUGCACAGGCGCCACCUCUGAGAUAAUGGCCAAAGUGGCGGCCAGAAGGUAUGCCCGUUGCUUGGGGAAACUCGGUUUUCCCACACGCUUUCAGAAUUUUCGCGUCGUGAAUGUUCUGGGCACCUGCAGCAUGCCCUGGGCCAUUAAGAUUGUCAAUUUCUCGACAAAGCAUCGGCAGAAUGCCAGCUACGAGCCGGAAUUGCAUCCGGGUGUCACGUACAAGAUGCGGAUGCCAAAGGCCACGCUGAAGAUCUUCUCCACGGGAAGCAUAACCGUGACAGCCGCCAGCGUGAAUGAUGUGGAAUCCGCCAUACAGCAUAUCUAUCCACUGGUCCAUGAGUUCCGCAAGCAGCGUUCGCCCGAGGAGCUGCAGCAUUUAAGGGCCAAGCAGAACAAAAAUGCCGGAAUCACUGGCACCACCAGCACCAUUACCGACGCCAGCGAGGCCCGAGCACUGGAAGAGCAGAUCCUCGCGCAAUCAAAGACGCAGUCGCGCAGCGAUAUCUUGGUGAAUGCCACCGCUGCCCAUGCAAAGACGAUUCCUGGCAAUGCGGCUGGGGAUCUGGUGAAUGCAGCUGUGUGCAAUGUGCAGCGGCUGAAGCAGAUCGAAUCGUAUCGCCAGAUGUCGAGUCAGACACAGGAGGAGCGCCGCCACAUACCCUUCCCGAGGGACAAGUCGGAGGCAGGGCUGUUUCCCCACUCGGCAUCCGGAGAGUCCUCGACGGACAAUAUCUGUGCCAAUGCCCGGCGACGGGCCACCGAAUGCUGGGUCAGCAAGCUGCAAAACAAGCGGACGCGCUACAACGAUCCCAGCAUAGCGGUGGCGGGCAAGGCGACGACGACGAGCUCUUCCUCCUCGUCCAAUCCCGCCAUCCAAUCAACCAGCAGCACAUCCGCCACCUCCAUUACCGGUCCCAUUGUGCCGCUCUCCUCGCUAACGCCCAUCGGCAGCAUCAGUGGCAGUGUCAGCAGCAUCGGCAGCAGGCCAUUUGGCCUGAUGGCCGCGCGGACAAUCCCUGCAACGGGGACGAUCAUCAACAUCAAGCAGAGCUGCAUUAAGCCAUUGAAUCGCGAUGCUCUGGCCGCAUUCACCGCUGCCUCCAGUGGUAGCAUCGCUACCGCCGUCAAUUCCACUGCCACAGCCAAUGCUGCCAAUCCAUCUACUGCUGCAAUUAAGCGGCAAUCAAGAGGAGGAGGCGUCAACUGAGCUGCAACUCGCGAAUUCCUGACCGUUUGACCUCUUUUCAAAAAUGUCGGAAAAAACGGCAUGUCAUCCCUGGUCGAAGGAUUAAUUCACGUAACUAUCAACCGAUGGCGCAUACAAUACAGUACACUCGCUUGAGCUACAUACAUCGAUAUAACUAUAGAUUACUUUGAUAUAUCAAUAUAUUAACAUCCCUAGUUUGUCUCUUGCAUUAAAAAUAAAAAAUAAAUAAAUGUA